ACAUUAGCGCUUAGUCCUGCGCCAUAGCCUUUACCUUUCCAUCUCUCUGCUACUAAUAAUUUUAUUUUUCCGAUUACAUUUCGCUUCUUCACCCCCAACAAAUGGGGAAUACUGUCUGCUUUCUAAAACCCUAAAGAUUUGGUUACAAUGGCGAAGAAUUUCGUUAGAGAUGACGUCCCACUAUCAAGAUUUGGAGUCUUGGUGGCGCAGUUGGAAUCAAUAGUCGCAUCAGCGUCUCACAAGUCUCCCGACGCUCUCCUCUGUUUUGAUCUUCUUUCUGAUCUCAUAUCCGCCAUUGCCGAAGAGUCUAAGGAUUCUAUACUGCUGUGUCAAAGGAAAUGUGAGGAUGCACUUUAUUCUCUACUUGUGCUAGGCGCAAGGAAACCGGUGCGUCAUUUGGCCUCAGUGGCAAUGACAAGGAUGAUACAAAAAGGUGACAGUAUUUCAAUAUACUCCAGGGCUAGCAGUUUGCAGGGAUUUCUCUCUGAUGGAAAGAAGAGCGAGCCUCAACGAAUCGCGGGUGCUGCUGAGUGCUUGGGAGAAUUGUAUCGCUAUUUUGGGAGACGAAUCACUUCAGGCUUACUUGAAACAACCACGAUUGUCACAAAACUGCUGAAGUUCAAUGAGGACUUUGUUAGAGAAGAGGCUUUACAGAUGCUUCAAAAUGCUUUGGAAGGCUCUGGUGGAGGUGCUGCUGCCUCAGCAUAUACUGAUGCAUUUCGUAUCAUUAUGCGAACUGGGAUCGUGGACAAAUCAUCUAUUGUUAGAGUAGCUGCAGCUAGAUGUCUAAAAGCAUUGGCGAACAUCGGAGGGCCAGGAUUAGGGGUUGGAGAACUUGAUAAUGCUUCUUCUUCUUGUGUCAAGGCCCUUGAAGAUCCUAUAUCGUCCGUAAGGGAUGCAUUCGCCGAAGCUUUGGGAGCAUUGCUUGGUCUUGGGAUGAAUCCUGACGCACAGGUUGUACAACCAAGGGGAAAAAGUCAUUUUACUCCCAAGAAACUUGAUGGGGGUUUAGAGAGACACUUAACUUUGCCAUUUGUAAAAGCUAGUGGGCCUCGGGCAAAAGUUCUGCGAGUUGGCCUAACCUUGUCGUGGGUUUCUUUUCUCCAGGCAAUCCGCUUGAAGUAUCUUCACCCUGAUACUGAGCUUGAAAAUUACAUCUUUCUAGUGAUGGACAUGCUUCGUGCUGAUAGUUCGUUUGAUGCUCAAGCACUGGCCUGCAUUUUAUACAUCCUUCGAGUGGGCAUAACUGAUCAAAUGAGCGAACCUACUCAGAGAGGCCUGUUGGUUAUUUUGGGCAAACAGCUUCAAUCUCCUGAUGCUACUCCUUCCAUGCGAGUUGCUUCUUUGCGGACCAUGUCAUAUGCUUUGAAAACUCUAGGGGAGGUUCCCGCUGAAUUUAAGGAUGUUCUUGAUAACACAGUUGUUUCUGCAGUUUCCCAUCAUGCACCAUUGGUGCGUGUUGAGGCUGCUUUGACCUUGCGUGCAUUAGCUGAGGUUGAUCCUACAUGUAUUGGUGGUUUGAUUUCUUAUGCAAUAACAAUGCUUGGAGCAGUUAGAGAUAAUAUUUCAUUUGAAAAGGGAACUAAUCUAAAGUAUGAGCUGGAGUGUCUAGAUGGUCAGGCUGCAGUUUUGGCAGCUUUGGUGUCUAUUUCUCCAAACUUACCUCUUGGUUAUCCAUCUCGGUUACCCAGAUCAGUACUUGAACUGUCUAAGAAAAUGAUAAUGGAAUCGAGUCGGAAUCCUAUGGCAGCAGCUGUUGAAAAGGAGGCUGGGUGGAUGCUCUUGUCCUCACUGCUUGCGUGCAUGCCAAAAGAGGAACUUGAGGAUCAAGUUUUUGAUAUUCUUUCUUUAUGGGCUUCUGCAUUCCAAGGAAAUCCAGAACGCCAUAUCAGUGAAACAAAGGAUCUCCAAUCUAACAUAAGUGUAUGGUCUGCUGCAGUGGAUGCAUUGACAGCAUUCAUAAAGAGUUUUGUCUCUUCUGGUGCUAUGAACAAGGGGAUCUUACUUGAACCAGUUUUGCUAUACCUUAGUAGGGCUUUAUCAUAUAUAUUGCUGUUGGCAGCCAAAGACCAAAUGACUUUCAAACAGGCAUCAGACAUAUUUAUCAUCAAGACACUAAUAGCCUAUCAGUCGAUUUCAGAUCCAACUGUAUAUCGAAGAGACCAUGCCCGUCUUAUUCAGAUAUGUGCAACUCCUUAUAGGGAAGCUUCCAAAUGUGAGGAAAGUUCAUGCUUGAGGAUGCUGUUAGACAAAAGAGACGCUUGGCUGGGUCCUUGGAACCCUGGAAGGGAUUUGUUCGAGGAUGAACUUCGCUCAUUUCAAGGUGGAAAAGAUGGUCUGGUACCAUGUGUAUGGGCUAACGAGCUUCCGAGCUUUCCUGAGCCGGAAACUAUAAGCAAAAUGUUAGUAAAUCAGAAGCUCCUCUGUGUUGGCAACAUAUUUGCUUCUGAGGAUGUUGGGGGAAUGCUCUCACUCCUAGAAAUGGUUGAGCAGUGUCUGAGAGCUGGAAAGAAACAAGCUUGGCAUGCUACCAGUGUUACAAACAUCUGUGUGGGCCUGCUAUCUGGCCUGAAGGCCUUGCUUGCUUUACGUCCUGAACCCUUACCAUUGGAAGUACUUGGUUUGGCACAGUCUAUAUUUCAGAGCAUUCUGGCUGAGGGUGACAUCUGUGCUUCACAACGCAGAGCAUCAUCUGAAGGACUUGGUCUAUUAGCUCGUCUAGGAAAUGAUGUGUUUACUGCCAGAUUGACAAGAGUUCUCCUUGGUGAUAUAAAUUCAGCUGUUGAUUCAAACUAUGCUGGUUCAGUUGCACUGUCACUUGGUUGCAUUCAUCGCAGCGCAGGGGGGAUUGCAUUGUCAAGCUUGGUUCCUGCUACUGUUAAUUCAUUUUCUUCUCUGGCUAAAAGUUCAAACACUGGCUUACAAAUUUGGUCUUUGCAUGGUCUACUGUUGACUGUGGAGGCGGCUGGAUUAUCCUAUGUUUCUCAUGUUCAGGCGACACUUAGCCUUGCCAUGGAUAUUCUGUUGUCAAAUGAGAUUGGUUCGACUAACCUUCAGCAGGCAGUGGGCCGCCUUAUAAAUGCUAUUGUUGCUGUCCUUGGUCCUGAACUUUCCCCUGGCAGCAUUUUUUUCUCGCGCUGCAAGUCUGUCAUUGCAGAGGUCAGCUCUCGGCAAGAGACUGCAACACUUUAUGAGAAUGUUCGAUUCACUCAGCAGCUAGUUCUUUUUGCACCACAAGCUGUUACUGUGCAUCAUAAUGUGCAAACACUGCUCCCAACUCUAUCCUCAAGACAGCCAACACUGCGACGUUUAGCUUUAUCCACUCUGAGACAUCUCAUUGAAAAGGAUCCAGGGUCCAUUAUGAAUGAACAUAUAGAAGAUACAUUGUUCCAUAUGCUGGAUGAGGAAACUGAUGCUGAGAUUGGUAGCUUAGCACGAACAACAGUUAUGAGAUUGCUUUAUGCAUCAUGUCCAUCACGGCCAUCACAAUGGCUAUCAAUUUGCCGCAACAUGAUUCUUUCGUCAUCCUCAAGAGUGAUCAGCACAAGUGACAGUUCACUAAAUGAUUCUUCAAGUGGUCUGGAUGGUAACACUAGACUGAAUACUGGGGAUGAUGAUGAGAACAUGGUGUCGAGCUCUCAAAACCGAAACUUUCAAGGUUAUGGAAACAAUCAUUCCAUUGGCUAUCCUCCUAGGGACAAGCACCUCAGAUAUCGAACAAGAGUUUUUGCUGCAGAGUGUUUGAGUCAUCUUCCUGCAGCAGUUGGAAAGAAUCCAGUGCAUUUUGAUAUAGCAUUGGCAAGACAGCAGCCUGCCAGUGGAUCAACCUCUGGAGACUGGCUGGUUCUUCAAUUGCAAGAACUAGUUUCCCUUGCUUAUCAGAUCAGCACAAUUCAGUUUGAGAACAUGCGGCCAGUUGGUGUGACCCUAUUGAGUACUAUUAUUGACAAGUUUGGAACAUUGGACCCUGAGCUUCCUGGUCACCUUCUUCUGGAACAGUAUCAGGCUCAAUUGGUUUCUGCAGUUCGAACUGCAUUGGACUCGUCCUCUGGCCCUGUCCUAUUGGAAGCAGGCUUGCAGCUCGCCACAAAGAUAUUGACAUGUAAAAUUGUUAGUCGGGAUCAACUUGCUGUAAAGCGGAUAUUUUCAUUGAUUUCACGUCCUCUAAAUGAAUUCAAUGACCUUUACUAUCCAUCCUUUGCAGAAUGGGUCUCGUGCAAGAUCAAAGUGAGACUCCUUACAGCUCAUGCCUCUCUGAAAUGUUACACCUUUGCAUUCUUGAAAAAUCAACAAAAGGAGAUUACUGAUGAAUAUUUAGCUUUAUUGCCUCUUUUCUCUGAGAGUUCAAAAAUUCUUGGAAUUUACUGGCUCUGUCUUCUGAAGGACUACAGCUAUAUUAGGACUCAGUCAUUUCCUAAAGAAAAUUGGAAACCGUUUCUUGAUGGGAUUCAGUCUACACUAGUUUCAACUAUGUUGCUGGCAUGUCUGGAAGAAGCUUGGCCACUGAUCGUGCAAGCGGUGGCAUUAGAUGCAGUUCCUUUGAACACUUACAUAAAAGGAUCCUCAGAAACUGAAGAACAGUCUAUUACAGACUUAAUUUCGGGUUAUAACAUGGUUGAGUUGGGUUCAGAAGAAUUUCAAUUUUUGUGGGGCUUUGCUCUUCUUCUUCUAUUUCAGGGGCAAGAUUCAGUUCUUGGUGAAUCUAGGCUACAUAUUGGCUCUGUCAAUACCAUAUUAUUAAGUGGUGGCUGUGUUAGUGAUGAAGUAAAGUCAAUUGCUUUGGAGUUGUGCAAAGUUGCUCUGCCUGUGUUUCAAGUCCUGUUAGCGGAGAGAUUCUUUAGUGUAGGAUUUCUCACUAUGGAUUCCUGUCAAGAACUGCUGCAGGUUUGCUUUUUCUCCAUUUUUGUUGAAGAUACAUGGGACAAUUUUGCUAUCUCUAUUUUAUCACAGAUUGUGCAGAACUGCCCCUUGGAUUUCCUAAAGACCGAAAGUUUUGUGUAUUUAGUAUCAGAACUUUAUUUGGCACUUCUUUUUAAAUCCUUCACAAGUGCAACUUCUCAAUACCAUUUAAGCUGGGACGAUAUUGUUUCUGUCUUACUUACCACAGCACCAACACUUUUAAAACAAUAUGAGCCAAAGAUGGGUUUGAAAUCAAUUUUGGGUUUUCUUUUGGUUGGUUACAAGUGCAUUGAAAGGGCUUCAACCGAAAUUUCCCUUUCAAGAGUUCAUGAUUUUGUCCAGUGUCUAACUUCUGUGAUGAAAACAUAUGUUACUGAUAUCUCUGAACUUGGAAAUGACAGCAUUGGUUACUUGAUGACAAUAACAAGAACUUGUCUGACUGCGAGUGUUAUUUUGGCUGAGAAUUGCACUAAAGGAAUUCAUCAGCUUGAGAAUAAGAGGUCCAACUUACAUAAACUGCUGCUGUUGAAGCUUGCUCUCUCUCUUGAACAGACUACUUCAUUUGCUAAACUAGCUUUUGAAAUUCAACUUCUUGAAGAAAAUCAAGGAUGUAAGCCAGUAUUUUAUGCCAUGAUAUGCAAUGCCACCCGGUGCUUCAGGAGUGCUCUUACUGAUGCUGACAUUCAGGUCCAAGCAAUUGGGUUGCAAAUACUGAAAGGCGUGCGAACAAGGAAAAUCAAUUCGGAGUACUCAUUCUUUGUAUUCUUUGUUGGGGAACUUGUUGAAGACCUUGGGUCUGUAAUCCAGAAACUCUUUAAGACACCUAUGAACAGGGAAGUGGUGGCUAUUGCUGGGGAGUGUUUGAAGGUUUUAAUGCUUCUUCAGACACUUUCAAGAACUAAUGAGUGUCAGAAAUGCCUAAUGAAUCUGUUUUUGGAAGCUGUUCUCCUUUUUACAACGUCAGAGAAUUCUUCUCAGGAAGCACGUGAUUUGAAGAUCACAACUAUAAAAUUGGUUACACAACUGGCUCAACUCCCUGACUCAUCUGCUUGUAUCAAGGAGGUUUUACUGACAAUGCCCAUGAUGAGAAGACAACAAUUGCAGGAUAUAAUACGUGCUUCUGUGAUGCAAGACCAGAACCAGAAACAAGUCAAUUCUACUGGACCAUCUUUUAUUAUCAAGUUGCCUGCAAAAAUAGAGGAAAGUAGAAAAGAGGAAAUUAUUGUUUCAGCUCCUUGCAGUGAAGAGGUGGAGGACAAUUCCGAGGAAGAGGAAGAAGAUGAUUGGGAUACUUUUCAGUCUUUUCCUUCUACGAACGAAGUUGAUCCUACUAAAACUGUGUUCCAGGAUUCUCGCUCAAUUGAAAACACAAUUUCAGAUGAUGGCUUUAAGGGAGAAUCCAUUUCUGUACCACAGGAUGAGGUAGAAGAAACUACUGCUACAAUUUCAGAUGGUGGCUUGGAGGGAGAAACUAUUUCAAUACCUGAGGAUGAGGUAGGAGAAAUUACUGCUGAAAAUCAAAUGGCUAGUGAUGAUGAGACUCUGUCAGGCAAUGCAGAUAGCAGCAACCAGACACAGGAUCUUAAUGGUUCCCAAGAUGGCUUCCAUGAUGACAAGUUAUCUGAUGCUCACCACAUGGAGAAGGAUAGAGCAGUGUUACGCCAAGGUGAUGUGAUCUUGCCUGAUUCUCAGUCUGAGGUAGGAAAAGGCCCUGAAACAUGUGAAAAUCUGGAGGUCCAAAAGAGAACAGGCGGCAAUUUGUCUUCUGAAGAUGUAAAAGCACAUGGUUCCUCUUAUGAGGAUCAUCAGAGAAGUAGAGAGGAAUCUAGUGAAACAAAUGAAGGUGCUUUGCCGAAUAUUCAACCUGCUGAAAUACAAAGCAUGCCACUUGAUGACCGCAAUGAAGACAUGAAAGAACAAAUUACACUUGAUGAUCACCAUGAGGAUGAGGAAAUGAGAGACAUCACCUCAAUCAAGGAUCACCAAGAGGGGAAGGAUUUGAAAGACACAACCUCACUCGAGGAUCACCAUGAGGAGAAGGAUUUGAAAGACAUAACCUCACUCAAGAGUCACCGUGAGAAGAGAAAAACAGAUAACGAAGACCAACGUUCUGAUAUAGAUCUGUCUGAGCAGUCUCCUAAAAAGUUGGAACAAACUACACUUGAUGAUCACCAUGAGGAGAAGGAUAUGAGAGACAUAACCACAGUCAAGGAUCAUCAUGAGGAGAAGGAUAUGAAAGACAUGACCUCACUCGAGGAUUACCAUGAGGAGAGAAAAACAGAAAAUGAAGACCUAUGUUCUGAUAUAGAUUUGUCUGAGCGAUCUCCUAAAAAUUUAGAACAAACUACACUUGAUCACCAUGAAGAGAGAAAUGCAGAAAACAAAGACCAGCAUUCUAAUAUAGAAUUGGCCGAGCAGUCUCCUAAAAAUUUAGAAGGUGACGAACUAGUCAGCCUUGACAAAAAAUGAUGACCACGUUAAAUUGCCUACAAAAGUCCAGGGUCUCUUUUGACCCAAAAUGAUUAGCAGGAAACAGUUGAAGCCUAUAAUGGCACCAAAAUUAGGAAAGGUCACCACAAUAGGUUUAUGUAAAGUUAGUAUUAUUGUUGACAAUGUUUGGCAAUAUUUAUUGAAGAUAGAAGAACUAUUUUAGUGCUGCGUGAGGUUAAGGUUUUUUCAUUGUAAAGAUAUUCUUCUCCAUGAAUGUACUGCAGAGUGCUAUAUAUUGUUUAUCAGCUAAUGAUUUUUUGCUAGAGAGA